AUGCUGCCGAACUAUGCGACAGAUCUGCUUCAUGCUCAUCAAAUCCGUCGAGAGAACGUGUUCCUGCACAAAGAAUUAGGAGCAUGUCACGAGGACCAUGCAGCAAUAUGGAAUGAGAUCGACCAGAUCCAAGUGCUCUGCAAUGCGAGCAAUGACAAUUCACGACAAGCCCAUGCAGUGACAAUCAUACACCAGACCCAAUUGCAGGAACAAGCCCAGCUUAUAAGCCAUCUUCAAGACACAAACGAAGCACUCCAUAACGAGUUUCUUCUGCUCAGCAAGAACUUUGAACAAUUUCGCUGCGCCGAACAACAUGAACACGCGGCAUUGGAAGAAAAGGUCAAGAAACUUGAGGAAGACAUAGUCAAGACUUCGGAAACACCUGUCAAGAGCACCGCCAAAAUCUGGGAUACACUUGAAGACCUCAUCCCUUCAAUGGACACAAUCGUUGAGCGUGUUAUUGAUCGACUGAUGAGCCGUGGCCUCAUCCUACGUUCGCCAUCAUCUUCGACAAGUUGUAUCGUUGAGAGCAUCGAGCAGCAGGUGCCAUCUACGGAUGAGACCUACCGAAUGGACAGCAAUUCCUCUCGUCAAGUCUCAGCCGACGACACAACAUACCCGGAAAUUCAGGUACAAAAUUCUCAAAAAUUGGCAACGAGGAACGGCAUCAGAGUGGAGAGCUUCAAAAGUCUUGAUCCCAACACGUACGACCAGGGUCGUGAAACAACUGUUCCGGAAGAGGUUGACCUCGACGCAAAUGCUCCAACAAUCAGUUAUACCGGUCACUACUAUCGGAAAGAGAACCUUCCAUAUGAGGAAGACUCUCUACAAAUGUUGCCUGAGCUCAGCGUACAACCUUCGAAACUUGCUCUGAUCAACACACUGGCACAAGGCCGAUAUGAGGACUGGAGCACCUACCAUGAGAGAGGUGUAAUCGUCCGACAAUCUUUGCCACAGACGUUCGAGACCGCUAUCCUACAACGCUUCGUUGACGGAAUAUGUGGGGAGAUUCAGAGAUCACAAUGUCUCCAAUGGCUUGGUGAACAAGGCUGGAGUUGGGAGAAUGUGACCAGGUUUGGCGAUGUUUGCUCCCAGAUGAAUAAGUUUUCUCCAUCAGAGGAGGGCUCUGCAAGCACGACCAACUUACGACCAACUACCAUGAACCAUGUUUCCGAUGGCAAAUCCGAGGAGCCGAAAGAGCAAACAGGAUUGUGUGCAACCUCGAAGCCCCCCAGACAACUCAGGAAAUCGAAGUGGAUCGUUGCGACGCUGCGUCGGAGCCAACGUCUGAUCGAAAAGUCUAAAACGAAGUUGGUCAAUGACUUGAAUGACAGCAUUGACACGGCAGAUUCCAGAUCAAUACGUGAAGACAAAUGCCAUGGUUCGCAUUAUGCGAAGGAACCCGUGGCCUUCAACGAACGAGCGACCGCUAGCGAGAUGUCCAAGGCGCCUGCUGGACCCGAGAGACCUCAAAACGCUGCUGAUGAUAUCAUUACGCCCGUUGAGUAUGGUGUGGACGGCUCAAGUCAUGCCGAGAUGCAGUCUAGUGAGCAGGAGAUACCCACUGUGUCUCGCAAGCGCUCCAGGAACAAUGUUGCUUCACCCGAUACGAUUGAUCUUCCUCCAGCAAAGCAAUCUCGAAUUCAGUCUUCAGGACAUGCACAAGAGGGUCGAAGAAGACACCUUCCUAUUCCCACACCCCCCGAGAUUCCCAUUUUGCCAACGUCCACCGAUGUAUGA